AGAUCUGUUGCGGGAGGCUGAUGUUUAACGAUUAGGUUAGAAUUUCUGGCCAAACAUUCCGGUCCUCAGCAGCAUUAGAAAAAACGUAACACACACUAGACUUAUAUUUACGUCGCCGAACAAGUUGAAAUAAUGCAUCCCUGGCUUACAGAGAACGGGGAGGUCCGCUCUUUCACAAACUGAAUGCACAGAAAGGCAAUUUCAACUCACUCAAGCCAACUAAAACAAGCAAGCCCGACACUCUAAGACCUCCUCUGUGCACUUAACUGAUUUUUCCUGCUGUCUACACUUGCGUUUCUUUAACUGCUCUCUUUUGGAUUUGACGACUGCAAAUAUGGGAGCGUUCCUGGACAAGCCAAAGAUGGAGAAGCACAAUGCCCAUGGUGAGGGCAACGGCCUUCGCUAUGGGCUGAGCAGCAUGCAGGGCUGGCGUGUGGAGAUGGAGGACGCACAUACAGCUGUCAUCGGCCUGCCACAUGGCCUCAACCUUUGGUCCUUCUUUGCUGUCUACGAUGGGCAUGCUGGCUCACAGGUAGCCCGUUACUGUUGCGAGCACCUCCUGGAGCACAUCACAAGCAACCCUGACUUCCAAGGGGCUGCCGCAGCUCCGCCAACAGGCGAGGAGCCCAGCGUGGAAUGCGUCAAGACGGGGAUCCGCACGGGCUUCUUGCAGAUCGACGAACACAUGCGGCAGAUCUCGGAGAAGAAACACGGCGGCGCCGACCGCAGCGGUUCCACGGCCGUGGGCGUGCUGAUCUCGCCGCACCAUGUCUACUUCAUCAACUGCGGGGACUCGCGUGGGCUACUGAGCCGCGGAGGUCAGGUGCACUUCUUCACACAGGACCAUAAGCCCAGCAACCCACUAGAGAAGGAGCGAAUCCAGAAUGCGGGAGGCUCUGUGAUGAUCCAGCGUGUUAACGGUUCACUGGCCGUCUCUCGCGCCCUGGGCGACUUUGACUACAAGUGUGUUCAUGGCAAGGGCCCGACAGAGCAGCUGGUGUCGCCUGAACCGGAGGUGUACGCUAUUGAGCGCUCGGAAGCAGAGGAUGAGUUCAUUGUGCUGGCUUGUGAUGGUAUCUGGGAUGUCAUGGCCAACGAGGAGCUCUGUGACUUUGUGCGCUCUCGACUGGAGGUCACUGACGACCUGGAGCGGGUUUGCAAUGAGAUUGUUGACACCUGUCUGUACAAGGGAAGCAGAGAUAAUAUGAGUGUAGUGCUAGUUUGUUUCGUUGGAGCUCCGAAAGUUUCGCCAGAAGCUGUGAAGAGGGAGGCAGAACUUGACAAAUACCUUGAGAGCCGAGUAGAAGAGAUCAUAAAGAAACAGGGAGAUGAGGGAGUGCCGGAUUUGGUCCAUGUGAUGCGUACGUUAGCCUCAGAGAGCAUCCCUAAUCUACCGCCAGGAGGAGAACUGGCUAGCAAGCGAAGCGUUAUUGAAGCAGUAUACAACAAACUCAACCCAUACAGGAGCGAGGACACAGACUCUGCCUCCACAGACGAUAUGUGGUAGUCCUGCAUCUUCUGACACUGCUCAGAGUUUACAACAAGCCACCUACUCAAGACCGACAGCUACAGCUCCACAGAGCUUUACCUUUAUAAAAGAAGGGAAAAUGGAGGAGGAGGAGAAGGAGGAAGAGGAGGAAGAGGAGUUACUCCCUCACUCACAUCACCAACUCACCGUAGCAAGGCUACAGUAUCUGCCGCUGCAACCUGCGAUAUUUGCCCGCUCCGAAGCUCUCCUUCCCUUACAUCUUACCCAGAAUCCCAUCCUUGAAAGUCCUCCCAGUCCAUUGCUACCAAGUCAU